AUGUCUUCCGAAGACAGACGAUUCUCCGGCAAAGUUUAUCGCCGUAGAAUCCGUAAGGAUGUUUCUCCGGCCACUGCCACCGUUGUAACUGCACCAGAGACCGAGCAACCGGAAAAGGUCAUUGAUGUACCAAAUGAUCAAACCCUAGAGAGGGAGAAGAGGAGCAGAAAGCCGAAUAGGUUUUACAACAACACUGAAUAUUAUCUCGCGAAGGACAAACUGCCGUUUGAAAUCUAUAAGAAAUCAAAGAACCACAAAAUCGAGGCGAAAAUCAAAGGGUUUGCUACUGGAUUGAAACAAGGUACAAGUGGUGAAAUGCGUACUGAUAGUACUCAUGUUGAAGGUGACAAAGAGACGGAUAAUGGAAACAGCGCUCCAGGAUCAUCCUAGUGAAGAUUUGUGUUACUGAGAGGGGCAUUUUGAUUUAACCAUUAUGGAAAUUUAAAUAAAUUGUAUAACAUAGUUAAGUUGCUUGAUAAGACAUGUUUAUCUAUUUUUAUUGAAUGAAAUGUUUGUAUGGAGA